GUUUAAAUUAGUCCCGGCACAACGGUCGUGCGCGCAGCAUGCGCGGAAGACCGUUCUCGAGUGCGGUGUGUUGAAAAUUGGAUUAGCGAGAAAUCGUGAGAGAAACUACGGCUCAAUUCACCUCGAAUCAUCUGAAUGUUUAUUAAUACUCGCGAAUAUGGCCGAUCCGCAUCUAUAUUAGCAUCAAAACUUAACCCUUCGGUAAGGUAGGAUCGGUAAAAACAUCAUCCGCGAUAAGGAAUUACAAAAAUACUUCUCCCUGCGGAAUUUGCAGUAAACUGCGCCCGCGGUUAAUAAUUAAAAGGGUUUGAGGGGAAUUGCGGUUAAAAUUCGGGUGCAGUGGCUAAAAGAUGAUAGAUUAAUUCCGGUAAACAGUGAUAGAUCGACUCCGGUUGUAUAUCCGAUCGUAUUCGGUAAGAUAAAAUUGAAAAGGGAAUAAAUUGACGGGUCUGGCGAAGCAAAUGGCAGAAUUCGCUUAAUGAUCGCAUGAGGGAUAAAGAAGGUGGAAGAAAAGUGGAUGAAGAUGUUGUUGCUCAGGGUGCUUGUGACGCUGGCCGCGUGCUGGAUCGUCAAGUGCGAUCUGUUGGAUCUCUACGUCCAGCACAUGGACGAGACCAUGCGGACGAACAGUCUGUACAGAGAUAAGCGGCAUCCCGCGGAUCCUGUUACCAGGAGAAUGAAGAGGAGCCUCGAUGAGAGCGAACCGUUGCUCAGGAUCGGUAACUUGAAGAAGCAGCGGCUGGACGUCGACGAGAAUUGGUUGAAGCAGUGGAAGGCCAAGAGGAAGAUGGUCUCUUACAAGAACGACGCUGUGGACUAUCCGAACAGACGGGAGGAGAACCUGAACCCUGAUCAGCAUGAAAUACUCUCGAAUACGAAUCCGAAGCACUUGGAGAAGACGUCGACAGUUCUUGAAAACGCCACUGACUCGCAGUCGAGUAUCUCACAGGAUCCGAUUAUUGAGGAGCGAGAGGAAACGUCGGAGGAUGGGCGGUCGAUCGUGGAGAAUGAGACCAACGAGGAGGUGGUCAUCGAGACACUGACAUCCGAGGAAGGAUUUUCGGAGGGCAACGAGAAAGAUCCCGAGGAAAUGGAGACCGAAGAUAACUCGCAGUUCGAGAUUAUUAGCGAGAACGAGCGAAUCAAUCCGAAGCCGUUCAUCGAUCCGAUCCUCAAGAGGACGCCGAAGGGUAGUCGGGUGCCGAAGAAGUAUUUUCCGGAGAAGCCGGCGAAGAGCCACGUAAAAGAUGAUACGGCGACGAGGAGGUCCAAGAGGAGCGCGAGCCCAGGAGUUAACGAGCUUGAAGCAGAGGGACCUAACAUAACUGACAGACCGUGGAACUUCACGAGGUACGAGCCUCUGGGGAAGAAUAGCCCCGUGAUCCUCGAGUGGGAUCCUUCGGGCAAGGAGGAGGUGGCCUUCAGGGUCACCGCCAAAACCCUGGGCUACGUUGGCGUCGGUUUUAACGACAAGAUCAACAUGAAAGGCGCCGACAUCCUGCUCGCUUGGGUGGACGAUCACACCGGCACUGUCAAUCUACUGGACUCGUACGGUAUCGAGAGUAACGCCGCGCCAGUUACUGACGCGUCCCAGGAUGUCCAAGUGCUCGGCGGCUCGCAAAACGAGACCCACACCGUCGUGACGUUCGUCAGGAAGUGGCAGACCUGCGACUCUCAGGAUUAUCAACUCAUGGGCGAUAGUAUUAGGGUACUGUGGGCCAUGCACGAGCACGAUCCCGAAUUAAACACGGCGAUGUGGCACGGGAAUAGACGAGGCGGAAGGACUCUGAGGUUGAGGACAGCCGUAGCACAUUCGCCACCGCGAGAUGCCGGCGAAGAAAGCUUAACGUGGGACGUGAAGCUUAAUCAGUACGAGGUGCCAGAUAUGAAUACCGUCUACGUGUGCAAGAUCUUCCAAUUCCCCACAAAUCUUACGAAACACCACAUGAUAGGGUACACCCCGAUAAAGAGCGAUCUGGUCCAUCACAUGAUUUUGUACGAGUGUACGUCGCCGAUGGUCGGUAAAUACCUCAGAAUGGUCCCCACCGAUUGCUAUACCAAUAAAGUACCGUCAGAAUGGAACUCGUGUCUGCAGCCCGUCCUCGUCUGGGCUCGUGGCGGCGAAGGGGAAUGGUUUCCGGAGCACGUCGGUAUACCCAUAGGAGAACGCGGCGAAUACUCGUACUAUAUGCUGGAAGUCCAUUACAAUAAUCCGACGCUAUCGAAGAUGAAUGAUAGCAGCGGUAUAAGACUUUACUUAACUGAGAAGUUUCGUCCUCACGAAGCGGGCAUUCUCGUGGCCGGCGUAGCAGUGAGCCCUCUUCAUAUGAUACCCCCGCAGCAAAAGGAAUACGCCACCGUCGGAUAUUGCACUAAGAACUGCACUGAACAGACGUUCCCCAAGAACGGUAUUAACAUCGUGUCAGUCGUCUUGCAUUCGCAUUUGGCUGGGCGACGUCUCACCCUGAAGCACAUUCGCCAAGGUGAAGAGCUGCCGAGGAUAGUCCAGGACAAUCAUUUCGACUUUAACUAUCAGCAAUCUUACACCCUGAAAAAGGAAGUGAAGUUGCUGCCCGGCGACGAGCUAGUCACGGAAUGUGUUUACCGCACUCUGGACAGAUCGAAACCGACGGUAGGCGGCUACAUGGCUUCCCAGGAGAUGUGUCUGGCAUUCGUCAUGCAUUACCCCAAAACAUCUCUCGCCGCUUGUUAUAGUAUAACGCCUGUUGAGAAGUUCUUCACUGCUUUACACGUAGAUAGCUUGAAGGGAAUGACGAUGGAUCAAAUAAAGAAACUGUUCUUAAAUGGAUCCGAAGUGAUUUCGCCUUCGACCAAUCGAGAAAACAACCAUUCGCAGUCACGCACAAGAUCGCAUGACAAGAAUGUCGGUAAAAAAAUGAAGUUGGGAUUAAGGGUCAUGAGAGAACACUUACAAGAGAAGGAUAACAUCUACGCCCGGCUUAUCAUUGAGAAACCUGAAGAAUUUCGAAAUAGAACAAUAGCCGAACAUAUGAUGGCUUUACCAUGGACAGAGGAUUUGCUCACGAGGGCAAUAGAAAACUACCUUUACUAUGGCGACCACUUGACAUUUUGCAGAAAGGCGGACGAUGAAUUAGCAAUUCCCACAGCUAUUCAGAGCUUCCCGAAUUUUACGGCGCUACCGGAGACGAACGUCACGGUCUGCAGCGAUAUUCAGUUUACGUCUGGCUCCACCGAAGACGUCCAUAUCUACUUGAUGAACUACUUGGUCACUAUUGUCGUCGUAUCGAUUGUUAUGUUAUAAGAGGCCUUGAGCGAAUAGUCAACGACAGUCAGCGGCUGCACGGCGAAUGCAAUUCGCACUGUCAAUUACCGUCGAGUACGAUAAAUACAGUUCUCGUCCCUUGGGAAAAUUUACCUUAGAAAAUCUGGACAUUUUACUUUAGAAAAAUAAGAAAUAUGAAAAGU